GACAGGGGCCAACAGAAGAGUGUGAAGAGACUGUCCAACAGUUCAGCCACUCUUGGAAUGCUCCCUGGACUGUAAGCACAUCAACCGGAACUGGAUCACCUCCACUGUGUCAGAACGGCAACAGUUCAGCUUGAAUUUCAGUUUGGGGAAGAAGAAGAAGAAGAAGAAGAAGUCGGCAGGGAGCCAAAUCUGUCAGGAUGGCAUUACCAAAGGCAGUCCGAUACUUGAUUGUUCUUCUGGCUGUAUAUUACAGUCUGGAGAAUCUGGGGUACAGACAGUCCCUGACUGAAUUCUUUGGGGAACUGUCACACAUCCACUCCAGAGAAAAAAGACAGAGUAACACCAGUAACUCCACUGAUGAACUGAUCAACAUCACCAUUUCCAUUUUGAAUGUAACUACAGCGACAACACCAUCGACUACACCAACAACAACACCAACAACAACACCAAAUGUGACAACACUACUGCCAACACAUGAUCCACUACUAAUACCAGUGACAACACCAACAACAACAGUGAUACUAAAUACAACAGCAGCGAUGCUAAAUACAACAACAACAACAGUGCCAGCUACUACAACAACAACAACAGUGAUGCCAACUACAUCAAUCGGAAGGGACCUCUCACUUGCCAUGGACAUAGACUUUGAUUCGAAAUACAAUGACCCAAGCAGUGAAGUUUAUCAGGAUGUUAGUAAAGCUAUUCAAGAACAAUGUCAGAAGCACAUCCCAACCCUACAAUCAGUGAAGAUAACUACGUUCAGGAGUGGAAGCACCAUCGCUGACUACACUAUCACAGCUUCUGCAUUCAGAGAGGACCAAAUUAAAGCAGCAGAAACAGGGAUAUUUACAGACCUGGGACAAAAAUACCCCAUGAUAUUUGACAGCACAACACCCUUAAUGUUUCAACAACCUUUUUUUGGAGAAAGUGCGACUGUGACUUGUGGUCCUGUUCCAGCAAAUCUCAAUUUUAGUAACAUACUUACUGCAGAGUGGACGCGUGACGGCAAGUUAAUACUUGAAGAUAGUGAACACAAAUUUUCAAAAACCAAGGACACAGCAACUUUAACUGUGUUACGUUUCUUCAUAACUGACAAUGGAAAUUAUGAAUGCAAGCUGAAAGACAAAUACAUUUUCAGACAGAAAUCCAACGGGCUGAUCUCUUUCAAAGAGAAACCCUCCAUUAAAGUAACACCACUGAGUAAGACGGUCUUAUGUGAGGUGGGAAAGACAGUGUCACUGCAGUGCUCUGUCAACAAACCCUACAAGGUUGAGUUUAAAGACACCUCUGCAGGCAGAGGUGAGACCAUCAACUAUGUGUAUCAGAUUACUGACUGUGCCAACAAGGAAGUGAGGUUUACUUGUCAAGCUGUAAACUUUACUCAAUAUAAAGAGGAAAUAACACUGGAGUUACUGGAGCCCACUGCUAGAUUAGUAUGUCUCGAAAACAGUGUCUAUGGUGGUGGAAAUGCUAAUGACCAGGUUGUAGUUUCCUGCAAAUCAAACGAAGAAGGAGAAAAGACGGCAGUUUGUAGGGAGACUGGCGAAUGGGAAAUUAUAGAAGACAACUGCGUCCUACGACCGAUUAAGGAGCUGCUUGAUCAGUCUGAGGCAGACACCUUAAAUAACAAUACACUGCCGGGAUUCUUGGACCAUCUCAGCAAUGUCACUCUCACAUUAACUGAGGAAGUGGCUCAGUCUCCUGCCAGCAUUAAUGCCACUGUUGUAAUACUCAACAAUGUGGCAAAUGUAGCAUCCUCGGCACACAUCCCCAUAGGUCAGACUUCAAUGGAGGACAUCCUAUUAACUGCAGGCUCCCUCACCACAGAUGGUGCAAAGGGGUCAUGGAACACUCUGAACAGCAAUUCCACUACAAACGGCUUAGCAACAAGAAGUGUUGCCCCCAAACCUGAAAGGGUCAGCUCAUUGUUUUUGCUGUCUCUUGAGACAGUAACAAGUAACCUUAACAAUGAGUCCUUUAACAUUGAGACACCUUCUAUUCUCUUGAACAAAACUACAUUCACAGACUCUUUCAAUGCCAACUUUAAUUCUUCAGUGGAGAUAGACAUACCGGAGGCUGAUGGAGGAAGCAAGUUAAUCACUGUGAUGACGUUCUCCUCAAUAGAUAACGUACUCCCUGCAAGAGACGUAAACAAUUCAACCCUCACUGUCAUCAAUGGGAGAGUCGUACUUGUUCAGUCCAGCGGCACCGUCAAUAAUAUUUCCUUUACAUUUGAUAUUAUCAACAACACUCUGGAAAACCCUCAGUGUGUCUUCUGGAACUUCAGCCUCUUUGACGGUCUUGGAGGAUGGGACAAUGAGGGCUGCGAGCUGAUAUUCAAUGUAAAUGAAACCGUCACCUGCAACUGCAACCAUCUGACCUCAUUCUCUCUCCUUAUGUCCCCCUACAGUGCAGAUGACCCUGUGUUGGACUACAUAACCUACAUUGGAGUUGGCAUAUCCAUGGCCUCCUUGGUUAUAUGUCUCAUCAUUGAGGGUGUCAUAUGGGGAAAAAUAAGAAAGAACAACACGUCUUACCUGCGUCAUGUUUCCAUUGUUAACAUCGCUGUGUCUCUCCUCAUUGCAAACAUUUGGUUUAUUAUUGGGGCAGCCAUCUCAGGUCCAACGAUGAAAAACCCAUCAGCAUGCACUGCAGCCACCUUUUUCAUCCAUUUUUUCUACCUAGCCCUGUUUUUCUGGAUGUUAGCCUCAGCUCUGCUGUUGCUUUACCGCAUAGUCAGUGUCUUUGAUGGGGGUUUGUCUAAAAAGUCUAUGCUGGCUAUUGGAUUCUCUCUAGGUUAUGGGGCACCUCUCAUCAUCGCAAUCAUAACCAUAGCUGUAACAGCACCCAAAGAUGAAUAUACCCGAGGAACUGGAGUCUGCUGGCUCAACUGGUAUGAGUCCAAAGCUCUACUGGCAUUUGUGAUCCCUGCACUGGUUAUAGUGCUGAUAAACCUCAUCAUCCUGUUUGUGGUGAUAUACAAAAUGUUGAGGAGAAGGGCAGUGGUAGAUGCUGCACAAGCAGCUGAGAGGCACGUCCUAGUGGUAAUUGCCCGGAGUUUGGCUGUCCUCACACCAUUUUUUGGAUUAACCUGGGGUCUGGGAGUCGGAACAAUGAUCAGCCCGUACAACAGAGGGAUCCAUAUUUCUUUUGCAUUCUUCAACUCACUGCAGGGUUUCUUCAUAUUGGUGUUUGGAACGCUGUUGGACAAAAAGGUGCUGUCAGAAAUAGCAAUACAGUCAGAACCUUCCAGUGGAACAAAGAGCACCAGUAUUGGAACAUCAUCAACAAGUGGACUGGGCUUUUUGCGCUUCUGGAGAAAAAGAAGAGGUGUUUACAAUGUGUCAUCCGCCCAUGACUCAUCUGACUCUGUCAACAGCUUCUCUACGCAGGCAGUCCUGGUCAGUCGGAGUGACAUCUGCGAGUAAUCUAACUGGUUUUAACAAUCGUUUUAUUAUCUAAGAAACUUCAAACUUUUAAAUAUCUCUGUAAAACCGUGUGUGUGUGUGUGUUAAAGUACUCAGCGUCAAAGACGAUGCGUAGAUGCAAAAUGGCUCUUGUUUUGGUUUGCCAAUCAAAUCAGUAACUCGAGGUAAGCCUGUCUUACACACAUCAGUGAACUGGUUUAUUCAAGAGGUGGCAUCACAAUGUCAGAUUGUCUUAGACAGGACCAUCAGGCAAAUCUCAUUGUAAAUGGAAGUUACCCAGAGAAUAUAUACAGAGUUUUUUCAUCAGGAACAAAUCUCCCUGAAACACUCUGUUGCUUGUGUCGCUGUCUUUCUUUAGUAAAGCUCCAUCAUACUGUUAAAAUGUUUUCAUUUGUGUUUCAGAAACAGUUGAAGUCCUAAACACUGAAAUUUCAGAUGUGAGACCAGACUGUAGUGUUAAAUGUGCUGUAUCUUUUUUUGAUCAGAGUUAUUUUGCUUAUAGUUUUUAUAGCUUUGGAAUGAAAAACAAAGCAGCACAGAGAAAGUAACAAAUAAGAUCAUUGAGAGUCGCACACUCAGUAAAAUAAGUCCGAGUCCUGCCUUCCAGGCUACAGCAGGCUACAGUAAAUAUCAAACUGACCUGAGGUUAUUAUUGAACAUGUGGAGACAUUGUUCAACACAUACACAAAGAAAAUGCUUGUUUGGUUGUUUUCUAUCUAUUUGAUGCAACAUCUUCAUUUUGUUCUGCUGUGAUUUUACUGUAUAAUGUGUGCUGCAGCCACAAUCAUUUUCUGUCUGCUUUCUGUAAAUGUUAAUUUGUAAUACAGAAUAAGAAUCACUCCUAUAAAUUAUGUUUGCAAUGAAUGAAAAAUGAUUAGUAAUUACAAUUAAACUCCA